AUGGCCGCCGCAAGGGAAUUGGAGGACUACCUCGCAACUGGAAGAUACAAAGAUGGCUUGAGCAAAUGCAACAAGCUUUUGAAAAAGGCACCCGCCAACAAUCAGCUUUUGUACUUCAAGGCAAAUUUUCUUUUCAGCAUGAUGCAGCUUGAUGAAGGCAAUCAAAUUCUUGAUCAGCUGUGCAGUAGAAAUCCUCCUAUUGUUGAUCUCACUCUCAUAUCAGACAUCGAUGAGUUGGCGACGAUGGCCGUGUUGGAUGAUUACCCACGCCCUCUGAGCAACGGUCCGCGUGCUGGCAAGUUGUGGGCCAAUGCGACGAAUGCAGCGGGCAAGAACGGUGUGAUUGCUAUCAAUCAGAAAAGAUUCACGAUUGCAGUGAGCGAGCAGAGAUGGCAAGAUGCUGCUAUUGCAUUGAUCGCUAUGAAGAAGGCUGAUCCUACCAACAAGCGCUACAAACUCGCUCAUAUCGCUAUCCAACAACUACUCAGUGAGGCUGACAAGGAUGAGAAAGUUGCUGGCAUGAACCGCAUUCUGGCCUUCCGAACUCUGAAGACGCUACCAGCUGAGGAUUUUGCACAAUUGAGACUUAUGAUGAAUCUUUACCGAAGACAGGGUCAAAAGAAAGAUAUGAUUGAAGUUUUGGACUCCUUCAAGGACAAGCAAGACGACAAACUGGCCAAGCAGAUUAUGAAUGACUGGCCAUUCACCAGAGAAAAGAUUCAACUGUACAUCGCAGAGUCUCGUUGGCAAGAGCUUUUCGAUCUGUGUUCUUCUCUACUUAAUGAGAGCUCCGUGGAAGGUGCAUUGAGGGUCAGAGACGACUGGGCUGUCUGGGAUGGUCUUGUGAGAGCUACCUCCAAGCUCGGAAAAGAAGAUGCCGUACCUGCGGUCAGCGAAAAGGAUGAUUGGAGAAUCAAACGUCUACAGAUGCUGGCUAGACUACAGGCUACCGUUCUCUCGGAAGCAGAGACAGAUGCAGACGCCAAAUCGCAGACGAUAUCGAAGUCUGCAAACGACUUUUUCACCGAGUGGCAGUCGUAUCCAUUCUGCUAUGGCGACAUCAAGGAAUAUGUGGAUGCUCUAUCAUCUGAAUCCCAGAAAGAUUUCCUUAAACAUGUUUCGGGGUCAUCACUAAAGCUAUCAGACCCCGAUUCGAAGAACUCGGUGAAGGCUUCUGAUCUGCUCACGUCCGAAAUCAACUCGCUGAAGUUCAGAUACCGUAUCACGAUCGGAACUGCUAAGCCGGAGACAGAAGUCAUUAAAAACUUCGCUUGCGAGUGUAUCCGACUCAUGGAAACUAGCUCUCAGAGCAAAUUGCGGCUGUCAGAUGCUUGCUAUCUGGCUGUUGCAGCACUCAUCCGACUUUAUGAGCUCGAGCAGGACAUCACAUACCUUUUCCAAGCAGCAUAUCUUCUCGAAACUGGUCCUGUUACUGAGGACGCACAUCCUGGUAAAGUCUUGCUCGUAUACCUCGAGACUGAACUUGGCCUUCAUUCUCUGGCUAUGAAACAAUACGCCAGCCUACGCGUCAGAGAGAUCCAACAAGAGACAAUGGCCCACUCACUCCUGACAAGAGUAUCUGUCAACCACCCUUUCGCACUCGACCAGAGAGGCGAGACUUCAAUUGAUCCUUACGAAAUUAUCGAUAAUGCCUUGGACAUGUUCUUCGCUACGGACAAGAAACUAGCACACUCCCAGUCCUCGCUCAUGAAACAGGGACAAUGCGACCUUGUUUUUGAACUGCAAGAGUUACGCGACACUCUCGAGCACAGUUUUACCAGACGCAUGCUUAUUCUUGAGCAAUGCAGAAUGGCUCGUCUCACAGAUAACCCCUUCCACCCUCGCACUCCAGACAUCCGCCCAAGCGUUCUGGAGUACUGGACUCAGAACCUCAAAGAUAGCAGAGACUACGCGGAGACAUUCAACUUCGACGGUGUGGGAACCGAAAGCACACCUGAGCGUAGGCUACACAGCGGAGGCAAGGUUCCUAACGUCAACUGGCUCUCGCAAGCUAUCGUCAGCGAAGAUGUAUGGGCUUUGCUUUCCAACAGACCCACGGUUUGCUCCAGGCCGAGCAAUGUCACAGAAGAGGAAGCCGCGAAAUUUGCAGAGGCAGGUAGCAACGAGCUCACUCCAACAGAAAAGUCUCUUGCAAAGCCUUGGGCACAGCUGCUUCAAGCCACAAAGUCGCUCCUCGGCACCAACGAGACCAAGGCCGAUGCUGGUCUGCUGGAUCGUCUGGCCACAUCCAUCCAAGAGCUAUCUACAUCAGACGUUCUUGGAAAGCAGAAAGCCUCCGGCUUGCCGCCAUCGAGCUACACCUUGCAGCCCUACUUCUUGCUACUCGACUUCAUUCGCAGCGCCGCCUUCUUCUGUAACGUCGCUACUGAGGUAGAGAAGAAGAAGCGCCAGGGCAAUCGCCUGCCACCUCAACCUGUCGAGCGCAUUCGUGAUGCUGUAGCGAAGCACUUCGCAGCUCUUCAAACACUCGCACGUGAACAAAAAGCGAAGAUUGACGGCAGAGACAUGGUGCAGGCAUUGCGUGAAGGAAAAACUGGUGAUGCCAUGGCUGAGGCUCAGUUCUUGAGUCAAGGCAUCAGAGCAUUCGCUACCAAGGCUGAGGCAAGUGCUUUGGACGCUUGGGAAGGGGUACUGAAGGUCAGACUGGGGCUCAAAUAA